AUGAGGCGUGCCCUACACGCAAGGAAAAAGUCGGUGAAGUGUGGAUUUGAGAAAAACUGUCGUGUGGUGGAAUCAGCUGGCGAAGCUCUAGCAAUGUUACAGAUCGGAGCGAAGAAAUCGCCUUUCUUCUGCCAGACAUCCGUUGUGAACUUCUGCGAAUCCUACCUGGGGCUUGACAACCGCCGUGGCAUGACUUUGGAGGAUGCCUUGAGAAACAAAAGAUCUGCUGCGGAAAUCGUGAGGCAGUUGAAAGACAUCGCCGUCCGCACAACGCAUACCGAAGUCCCCCGGGUUCUUUAUAUCAGUGGACUUUCGAAGGACAGCGCCAUGGAGUUCGUUCCAGUUGGUUCUCAAGCGCAUGUUAUUGAAUACGCAUCAUUCUUGCAAAUAAAAACAAUCAAGAAGCAUACAAAAGCAAAGCAUACAAAAGAGUGA